AUGCAUCACAAUCACCAUCCGCUGCUCGAUGAUGAGAGUAUCCGUAAUUUGCCGCCAUUGCAUCAACGUCAUCUCGCAGCUGCUGUAAAUGCCGCAUCUGCAGCAGGUACUUCGAUGCCUGGCAGCAAUAUUACGGGCGCCGAACAACUCUACAGCAAUUUGUAUGGCAAGGAAAUUGGCAUGAUGCGUAAAAUGGUGAAUGCGGGAGGUUCCAUGGAUGAUACAGCAUCGAGUUUCGCUCGAACUGCUGGCCCGCAAAAUACGACAAUGAUAAGCCAUCCGCAAACGCCACACAAUCAUCAUGCUCAUAACAAUUUACCACCGAAUAUGAUACCAGAAAACAUGAUCUACAAUCCGAAAUUUGCACAGCAGCAGCAACAACAACCGCAGCAUGGGCAUCCAUCCCAUCCGCAGGGAGGCUUCAAUUUUCAUCCUCCCGGAAUGAGCGAUUCGCAUCUUCACAAAAUGGAAGGCUUGUUGAAACCAUGCUACGAUACCGGAAACAAUGGUCACUUUGCUGGCUUCAAUAAUAGCAGUAACAAUAGUAAUAACAAUCAUUUCCCUCCCUCUUCGAAUCAUCAUCAUCAUCAUCUUGCGUCGCAGCAACAGCAUUAUCCAAAUAGUAAUAAUAAUGGUAACUCAUCAAAUAAUUUAGUUGAAUCUCCUCACUUUGUAAAUAACAACUUUUCCUCCAACACGAGUAAUAAUAAUAAUAACAAUAACAGCAGCAUCAAUAAGAAUAAUCUUAAUGCUAACGGACUCCCGGAAAAUGCUCUCAUUAAGCAGGAAAAUCAUGACGAUUUUCAUAAUUUUACGAAACAAAACGUGAAAAACGAACCAAAUGACUUCAAUAGCUUAGGUUACGCAUCUGGCAUUAACAAUAAUGGCAACAAGACAAAAGAAGAGCUAAAUGACUUGCACAACGACGAUAGUAUUGAUAAGCUAUCCGCUCUCAACAAUGAUAACGAUCGUAGUCCGUAA